AUUUCUGCCAGUUCAUAAUCCCAAAUAUUUUGUACAAUACAAUAUAAAUCUCUAUCUGUACUUACUGCUACUGUUAUUAAUCAAAUCGAAUUAGUGCUCCGGUCAACAUGUUUGACCCGGUGGAUCACGGCCUAGGUCGUGAUUUUCGACUAACUAAAUUUUCGACGCUUCGUGGGUGAGGUUCGAAGGUGCCUCCGGAUGUCCUUAAUCGGCUUCUGCGAGGAGUCUAUACCGAACAAUUUGCAAACGAACAAUCAAAUGUAGAUGAUAAGAAAGCAGACAGCAUUGAAGGCGUUGGAAUUGGACUCGAUUCGGCUGUUGUACCACUCAAGCAUGAACUUCAAUUAGUUCAAAGCGUCGACUUUUUCUAUCCCCUGAUCGAUGAUCCUUACACGUUGGGACGGAUAGCGCUGGCCAAUGUCGUCAGCGAUUUGUACGCCGUGGGGACGUUGAUGAUCGAUGAUAUCAAACUGAUAUGCUCGGCUCCCACGGAGUUUAGUGACGAGGAGCGCGAUAUUGUGGUUCCAUUGAUUAUCAAGGGGUUUCAGGAUGCGGCUGUUGACACGAGGAGCAGAGUUACAAUCGGAAGUAUUGCGUUGAACCCGUGGUGUAUUAUCGGUGGAACAGCAACUACUGUGUGUCACAAGUCGGAAUUGAUUUUACCCUACAAUGCCCAAGAAGGAGAUAGGCUAGUUCUCACGAAACCUUUGGGUACUCAGCUGGCUACCAAUGCAUUUAUCUGGUUAACAGAAGACUCCGAUAACUGGAAGAAACUAGCGGAACGUUUUGAUUCGACGGAAAUCAAGAAGACUUACUCCAUUGCCGUUGAAUCUAUGUCCCGUUUGAACAAGUCUGGAGCAGAGCUAAUGCACAAAUACCGCGCACAUGCUGCAACCGAUGUUACAGGCUUUGGCCUUUAUGGCCAUGCCGAUAAUCUUGUAAAGUUUCAGAAGAAUUGCGUCGAUUUCGAAAUCGAUACUCUCCCAAUAAUAAGAAACGUCGUAGAAAUAGCGGAAAUCCUCGGAAGAACGACCAAAUUGAUGGCGGGUAAAGCUGUUGAAACAUCGGGUGGGUUACUAAUCAGCCUUUCAGCGGACCAGGCGGAACCAUUUUGUGACGAGUACACAAGGAUCUCGGGACACAACGCGUGGAUCAUUGGGCGAGUAGUGAAGGGAAGCAGAACGACGCGAGUGAGUUCAAAUCCAACGAUACUGACUGUAGAUUGAAACUGUUGUAAUAUAUUGGUUUGAAAACGGGGCCAUAAUUCCGCAGGAGAACGUAUGAAGAUAAUUUUUAAAGGCCGAUCAGCUGGUAAAUUAACGAAAGUAUUUCUAAUCGAAAUUAUGGCGUCGCUUUGGAGCUGCAAUAAAUUGUUUGAUUAAUAAAGUGGUCUGGUUGUACUUAUUUUUAAA